AUGGCCCCACGAUCGCCAGAACUGUCUUUAAUGACCGUUACUUUCACUCUCCCCUAUAAAUUGUACUCAACAUGUUCGAUGAAAUCCAUGAAGAAGAGAGGUUGCUCUGUUUUCUUUGAAAACAUCUGUGCUUUGAUCCUUCCCCAUUCUCUCUCCAGAUCCUUUGAUCCCAGCAUUUGGUAUCAAAGCUACAGGUUCCGAAGAGAAGGAAGAAGAUGCCGCACCGUGGAGAUGCUACGGAAGGCGAGAGCUCGCUCGCCGCAAGUGGAGCUGGUAUGAAAGGACUUGGAGAUGCCGGAUAUCCAGGUAUGUUCCCGGUCUUGAGUAAGACCAAUUAUCCAGUGUAGGCGAUGCGUAUGCAACUCCACUUGGAGGAUCACAGCUUAUGUGAUGCUAUUGAGUCAGAGACAAUAGCAAGGAAGAAGGAUUGGCAAGCCCUCUCUGUGAUGCUCGGAGCCAUGUCGGAAGACAUCCAGACACAACUCGACAUCACAAAAAUGAUGAAAGAAACUUGGGAGCUUUUCAAAGCAACGUAUGUGAGAGUGACCCGUCUCACGAAACCAAGACUUCAAGGUCUCAGGCAAGACUUUGAGAUGCUUCAAAUGGGGGAUGAUGAAACUGUGACAGACUUCACUAGAAAACUGUCACGAGUUGUCACUCAAAUCAGAAAUUUGGGUGAAAAGUUGGAGGAAGGUACUAUUGUUGCCAAGCUUCUUUUGAGCAACACUAGGGAGAUUUGAUCCAAUUACGGCGUCUCUCAAACAAUUCAGCGACAUCGACUCCAUGCCAUUUGAAGAAGUAGUGGGAUCUCUUAAGAUCUAUGAAGAGAAGCUCAAGUCUUGUCAGCAGAAAAAGGAAGAACAAGUCCUGUUUUCUCAUGGGACCGAGAAAAUAAAGGGUGGAAAUCCUCAUGGUAGAGGACGUGGCCGAGGUUGAGGGCGUGGCUGAGGAAGAGGAAGAAGCAAUGGGAGAGGCUCGGAUGAAAGUUGGAUGCCAAAUCCACAGUGAAAUGCUAUAACUGUGACAAAAUGGGGCAUUAUGCAUCUGAAUGCUAUGCAGAGAAAAAGGAGGAGAAAGCUCACCUCUCGAAGACCGAAGAAAAGGCUGAGUCAACGCUUCUAAUGGCAACUUUACUACAAGGUGCAAUGGAGACUCAAAUCGAAGAUCAAAUGUGAUACUUAAACACAGGUGCCACAAUCACAUGAUUGGAGAUCGAAAUCUAUUUUAUGAACUCACUGAAUCACCCGGAGGAGUGAAGAAAUUCGGCGACGGCUCCAGCAUCGUUAUAUCAGGCAAAGGCAGCAUUCUAGUAAGUUGUCAAGAUGAAAAUAAGUUGACCCUCAAAAAUGUACUUUAUGCUCUUAAACUCAAGACUCAUAUACUUAGCCUCAGCCGCUUAGAUGAUCAAAGAUUUUAAAAUCAAGAUGGAAUCAGGUUAUCUCACAAUUCUCGAUCAACAAAGAAGACUUCUUGCACGGGUAAAGAAGACACAAGGAAGUCUUUAUCCGCUGAAACUCACAAUUAAUGAUCAUUAUCUUGUAUCAAAAGAAAAUGAGACCGAGUGGAUUUGGCAUCGGAGGUAUGACCAUCUUAAUUUCAACUCUCUUAAGUACCUUCCCAGUGUUGUCCAAGGUUUGCCUCUACUUCAAAAGCUCAAAAGUAUAUGCUGAGAUUGUGUAGCUGCUAAACAUCCUCGACAUACUUUCCCCUCUGCCUCACUGUUCAGAGCUAGCGCUCCAUUGGAGCUGAUCCAUGGAGAUCUCUGUGGCCCGAUCAUGUCAAGCAUGUACGGAGGAAAUCGAUAUUUCUUCCUGAUCAUAGAUGAUUAUUUCCAACUAAUGUAGGUUGCUUUUUUGAAGCAGAAGAGUGAAACUUUUCAGGCAUUUGUGAGGUUUAAAACCAUGGCCGAGAUAGAGAAGAAAGUCAAAAUCGGUGUUUUCCGAAUUGAUAGAAGGGGGGGGAGUUUAAUUUUGCGGAAUUUGAUUCCUUCUGUUCUCAACAUGGAAUCAAACGACAUCUCAUAGCCUCUUACUCACCUCAGCAAAACGAGAUUGUUGAGAGAAAGAAUUGAACCAUUAUGAAAAUGGUUCGAUGCAUGUUGAGAAGCAAGAAUUUACCACUAGAGAUAUGGGGUGAAGUUGUGACCACGAACAUCUACAUCCUCAAUCGGUCACAUACAAAGAGCCUCAAUGAAGUCACACUAUAUGAAGUUUGGUGCAGAUCUAAACCAAAUGUCGCUCACUUUAGAAUGUUUGGUUCACUGGUUCAUGUGAAGAUACUCGAACAACACUUGACCAAGCUACAAGACAGAAGCAAACCUAUGAUAUUCAUAGGAUACGAUGUGGGGACUAAAGCUUAUAGAUGCUUCAAUCCUCAAGAAAAUAAAGCUCACAUCAGCUGAGAUGUGAUUUUCGAAGAAGAUAAUCAAUGGGAGUGGAAUUCUUCAGAGCAAUCUAGCAAAGGUACACUCUGUUUACCCACUUAUGUUAAGUCUGAUGAU